GAAACUCGUUAUUCCCAUUCAAGACCUUGCGCUUAUUUUCGAUGCGCCAAAGUUUCCGUGCUUUGAACACCGGGCUCUUAACGGAGAUGUGGCUGUACCUCGACGCGGUUAUUUUCAUCCUCGGCAUAUGACUCCCGUUUGUGCAACAGACACGCCCAGCAUCUAACCGAGCGCCCGUCCACCUCAAUCCCACUCUUCCUGUACAAUUCACGUUUCCACCGUCGCAACUAGGUAUUUAACGCAUUUUGGCUCAACAUCUCACGGCUCACACGAGGCUGCUUUUGUUAUGUCCCAUGCGGUCCUGUUAAUUCAUUUGUCGACAUCCUUUGUCGUGGUAUGGACCACCCCAUGUGAUUCUUUCUGCUGGAAAGCUUUUCUUGUGAUCAUCCACCCCGCCUUCCUAGAGCACGUACUUGACUGGGGGAGAUUGACGAAAUAUUUUGUUGGCCUAAGCCUGAAAAAGCGUUCAUUAAUGCAGAAAAAUCUCGCUUGGUCUUGUCAAUGUCCAGUGCUGAUCCUCCUCGCUGAUCCAUGCAGACGCCGAAGCCCGUCAUCGGAACAUACGCGUAUACACGCCUGUCAAUCUACUGCUUACACCCGUCCAUUGUCUACAUCCCGCCCAAUCUCGGGCUGUCCCCGUCUUUUUCGGUCGACAUGUAGCCUCCCACGGUACGGCGCCAUCUCACCUCCGACCCUCCCGUCGCGAGAAAUCUCCUUUACCUCUCACACGCGAGUUGGAGUGUUGUUGUAUCCUUGCUUUCGUAGUUCUUGUUAUUGUAUUGAUAUAUGUGGCUGCGGCUUUUCUACCUGGCUCCCCUCACGUUCCAAGGGGUGUUAAUUCAUUCUUCGGAUUGAACAUGGUCCAUUCUCUCGGCUCUGGCUCC